AGCUCGCUAUGUGCACUAUGAUAACCAUCAGCCUUGCAUUGGGACUCGGCUCUGCGAUUGACGACAACCAGCCUCGAGCCAGGCUGAACAGAGCAACAGCAAUUCCGAAUCCAGCAUUCAGAUCUAGAGGUUCUCGACCCCCGAUCUGGUCCCUCCAUAUCCUUGCCAAAUGUUUGGAAUCGCGGACAUGAUGCCGACGAUUGUGCCAUGAAUUCCCGAUCAACAUCAUUCCAGGCGCCAAAUACGCAUCCAGCUCGACGACCAUCUGUAGGAUCUCGCUUGUCCUUUGCGGUAUCGUCCGCAGAGAGGGGAGAGAGUCAGAAUGGGUCUGGCAUUGCGGCGGAGCACCAGAUAGAGGAGGAGAUUGCGGAGAUUAAGAGAUAUGAGGAUUUCACGACAAUAGACUGGGUGCAAGACGCGGCUAGAGAGCAGUUGAGGAAAGCGAGACGGAGGCGCAACGCCGGCCACUUCGACCGAGCCGCCCGCUUUGACUGGAGAUACAGGCUGUGGAAGUCUUACGACGCUGCGCAAGGAUGGCUCGUCAUCACGCUUAUAGGUGCGGCUAUUGGCCUGAAUGCGGCCUUCCUCAACAUCAUCACGGAAUGGCUCUCCGACAUCAAGCUCGGAUACUGCACAACAGGUUUCUACCUCAACGAGGACUUCUGCUGCUGGGGGGAGGACAAUGGUUGCGCGGACUGGCAUCGGUGGACACGUGUUGAGCCUGUGAACUACAUCAUCUACAUCGUAUUUGCAGCUCUGUUUGCCUUUACGUCUGCAACUUUGGUCAAGUCAUAUGCCCCUUACGCGGCUGGGUCGGGCAUUUCCGAGAUCAAGUGCAUCAUUGCAGGGUUCGUCAUGAAGGGCUUUCUCGGCCUGUGGACGCUGAUCAUCAAGUCCGUCGCCCUUCCCCUGGCGAUCGCAUCCGGAAUUUCUGUCGGAAAGGAGGGCCCCAGUGUGCACUAUGCCGUGUGCACCGGAAAUGUCAUUUCGAAACUCUUUGAGAAGUACAGGCGGAACGCUUCCAAGACCCGCGAGAUUCUCAGCGCCUGUGCUGCUGCCGGCGUCGCAGUGGCCUUCGGAAGCCCCAUUGGGGGUGUCCUAUUCUCCCUUGAGGAGAUGUCUAGCCACUUCCCGCUCAAGACCAUGUGGCGCACCUACUUCUGCGCCCUUGUCGCGACGGCUGUUCUGUCAGCCAUGAAUCCUUUCCGGACUGGUCAGUUGGUCAUGUUCCAGGUCAAAUACGAUCGGUCCUGGCACUUCUUCGAGGUCGUCUUCUACAUCUUUAUCGGCAUAUUCGGUGGCCUUUACGGGGCCUUCGUUAUUAAGUGGAAUCUGCGAGCGCAAGCUUUCCGAAAGAAGUAUCUCGCCAACUACGCCAUUCUCGAAGCCACCCUGCUGACAGUGGCGACCGGGAUCAUCUGUUACCCGAACGCCUUCUUGCGCAUCGAUAUGACGGAGAGCAUGAAGAUCCUAUUCUUGGAGUGCGAGGGGGCAGAAGAUUAUCACGGGCUAUGCGAAGCUGAACACCGGCUGAGUAACAUUCUGUCCCUGUUCCUGGCAACGAUCAUCCGGAUCUUCUUCGUCAUCAUAUCUUAUGGCUGCAAAGUUCCGGCUGGCAUAUUCGUCCCUUCCAUGGCAAUUGGCGCAACAUUCGGACGAACGGUUGGAAUCAUCGUGCAGGCCAUCCGCGAUGCCUAUCCGCAGAGUGUCUUUUUCUCGUCUUGCGAGCCAGAUGUGCCGUGCAUCACACCAGGCACAUAUGCCUUCCUUGGUGCCGCCGCUGCUCUCAGUGGCAUCAUGCACAUCACAAUCUCGGUUGUCGUCAUUAUGUUCGAGCUAACCGGGGCUCUUACCUAUAUUCUCCCGACCAUGAUUGUGGUCGGCGUAACGAAGGCUGUUGGUGAGUUGUUUGGCAAAGGGGGUAUUGCGGAUCGGAUGAUUUGGUUCAGUGGAUUCCCCUUCUUGGACAACAAAGAGGGCCACAACUUCGGUGUCCCGGUCUCUCAGGUCAUGACUACAGAUGUUGCCUCGAUACCAACAACCGGCAUGACUCUGAGAGCCGUCGAGCGCCUCCUUCGCCAUGACAAGUACCAAGGCUUCCCCAUCGUCGAAAACGACAACUCCAAGAUCCUAGUCGGUUACAUCGGACGCACGGAACUUCGAUAUGCUAUCGAUCGAGCCAAGCGCGAGAGGUCCCUGGAUCCGCUUGCCAGAUGCACAUUCUCACCUCCUGCCCCGAAUACGGUGACACCGAUGGCUGCGACGGCGAGCCUGGACCCCAUGUCAUCCACGUCUGUUGACUUCAGCCGUUACGUGGAUUCCGCGCCCGUCACCGUCCACCCACGCCUCCCACUCGAGACUGUGAUGGAGCUGUUCCGCAAGAUCGGACCCCGCGUCAUCCUCAUCGAGUACCACGGCCACCUCACCGGCUUGGUCACGGUGAAGGACUGCCUCAAGUACCAGUUCAAGGUGGAGGCGGCCGAGCACCCACGCGACGAUCACCACGCCGUGGAGGGCGACGAGAAGCUGUGGAACCUCAUCAAGUCCGCGGCUGGCUGGCUGUCCGACAAGGUCUCCAACGUGUCCGGGGGCAGGAUACGGCUGCGUGACUCGUUCGACGGCGGGAGAGGCGGUGGUGGUUCCGGGCAGAUCUUGGACGGCACGGAGGAACUGGCCGAUGACGAGGGGGUGGAGCUGGAGGCUAGGUAGUUGAUUUUUGGCGUUUCUUGGAUCAGUUAGAUAUGAAUAUAAUUCUAGUCAUUUGUUCUCGUC